AUCAUCUCUGUAGACUUUGGUCGAGCUGAAGCAGCAGGUUUCUCACACUCUUGCUUCAGAGACUUAUUGAAAUACGUUUCACAGCCGCUGGAGGUUUCCGUCAGACAAAUGGAGGUUUCACAUUCCAGGCUGCUGUUGUUCCUGGCGUUCCUGAUAGCUUUGCUGUCUCGUCGCGUGUCUUCUGUAGACAAACUCAACGUGUGUAUGAAUGGCAAACAUCAGCUAUCAGAGCCCAAACCGGAGGGACAGCUCUAUCUGCAGUGUGCACCAUGGAAGGACAACGCCUGCUGCAACGCAAACACGACGGAGGAGGCCCAUCUGGACAAUUCAUACCUGUAUAACUUUAACUGGAAUCACUGUGGCAUGAUGAGUGACAAAUGUAAGAAGCAUUUCAUUCAGGACACGUGUUUCUACGAGUGCUCGCCCCACCUGGGACCCUGGAUUCAGCCGGCCGAUGAGUCGUGGAGGAAGGAGAGAAUCCUGGACGUGCCGUUGUGUUUGGAGGACUGCGAGAGCUGGUAUGAGGACUGUCGGAAUGACUUCACCUGUAAGGAGAACUGGCACAAGGGAUGGGACUGGAGCACAGGCACUAACCGGUGUCCAAAAGGUUCUCAGUGCAGCGUCUGGUCAGAGGUCUUCCCCACCGCUCAGAGCAUGUGUGAGAAGAUCUGGUCCAACUCGUACAAGUACACCACUCUCUCUAAAGACAGCAGCCGCUGCAUGCAGAUGUGGUUCACAGGUCCCAAUCCCAAUAAGAAAGUGGCUGAAUUCUACCUGUCUGGUGCUGCGGAGACGGUUACCCUGGCAACCAGCCUGCAUCUGUUUGCACUUAUCAUGAUGCUGUUGGCCUGAGAACAACCAGCUGAAAACACACCAAAGACCAAACAUGGACACACGGACACGUUUACACAAACAUUCUCAUUGUCAUUAGGUUUUGUGUCCAGUAGAUGUCAGUGUUGUUGUUGUUUCUGUGUAACACUUUAUUUUACUGAAUACUGUAUGUACUGUAAACUAGUCACAGAGAGUUGAGUCCAGUUACCAUCAGAAAUAAAUAUGACUAUUUCUACAUAGAAAACGUUAUAUAGAAAUAUUUUGAUGGACUGAUCAUGAGUCUGAUUGUGACACAACCCUACAAACACAUCAAUAACACAACUUUGUGACCAGAAAACAUUUUACCAAA